UGCUUUGCGACCACAGCGACACUUUGGGAGUUUGAACAGUGCUGCUGAUGUGAUAAUGCCGAAAGGUCAACACCAGUUUAAAGCUUUGGUAAACGGCAAAUACUGACAUUCACCAGGGGCUCAUAGGCUUAAUCUGCAUUUCAUGAGGCCAUUUGAAUAUAUUAUGAGCAGUAAUUGAAAUAUUUCUUAUCUAAUGGAAAAGAACAUGAUAGAAGAGCAAAAGUUGUUAGUGCUGAAACCCACUGGCUGUGGUUUGUCAGCAUUAAACUAUAUGACUCUGCAAUUUAUUCUGAUUUGUGCAUAAUAUCGAUACAUCCAUCUAUUGUCUACCGCACUCGCGCCCACGGGCAACGUCAUGCAAACUCCACGCAGAAAUGGCUGGAUGUGAACCAGCAACCUUCUUCCUUAAAUAACCUUAAAUAACAAUUAUGUGGAAAGGCAAACAUGUAGCAUAACAUAAGUGUAAAAUUGAAGCAUUAGCGAAGAUAAAACUCUAAAACUGAACAGUUUCAUGUGAAUGACAUAUGGAGGGAUUUUCAUUCAUUGAUUCUCUACACUUAUUUGUGUAGUCACCAAUGUUCCCACGGCGGACACUAUUGUUCUUGGAAGUCAUUGAUGCGUAAAUGGUAUGAGGAACUUUAUCAUGACUCAUUUUCAUCAGACAGUCUACUUCCUCAUAGAGCAGGUGUCGGCCUGAUCACCCUGCAAACCUGCAGGAGACGCACAUCUAUCUUUCUCACUGAGCAACAAAUAACUACCCGAGGUACUCAAGAAAGAUUACCUUAAAACACUGAGAUGGCUGCAGAAAAAGACACAGGGAUGGAACAAGUCACAGGUUACAGUGACUGGAUGUCGCGACUACCAGCUGAACUUCAUAACACUACUCUCUUUGAUGUGGCCAUACCAGGAAGCCACGACUCGAUGAGUUACGAUUUGGACACGCAGUCCUCCAUCGUGGAGCCCGACGCCCUGAAAGUCUUCAGCAAUAUUUAUUAUGUGCGGAAAGUUUUGUACAACUGGGCAGUCACUCAGGAGGAGCCCAUCACAAAGCAACUGGAUGCUGGCGUCCGCUACUUUGACCUGAGGAUUGCUCGCAAGCCAGACGACACUGACCCCACAAGACUUUACUUUUAUCACGGCCUGUACACACAUACUGAUGUAGAGACUAUUCUCACAGCGAUUAAUGGCUGGGCAGAGAGUCACCCCAAAGAGAUCCUCAUCCUGGCUUUGUCCCACUUCAAAGGAUUUGACAAAGACGGAGAGCAGCUCCACAGCCACCUCAUCAACUUCAUCAAAACCUUGUUUGGAGCCAAACUCCUCCAAAGAUUUGACAUCCCGACACUGAAGAGCUCCUGGGACAAGGGCAGAAAUGUCAUAGUUUCCUAUGAUUAUCCAGCAAAUCAACACCCUGAGAUAUGGUGUAAAAUACCCUAUUUCUACGGCAACAGUAUGGAUCCUGCUCAGGUGGAAUCCAAAAUCUGCUGUGUUUUGGAAAAACCGAGACCUUGUGGUUUCUUUGUAUGCGGCCUGAAUCUGACUCUGCCAGAAGAUGCAGGGGCACUGCGCUACGUCCUGUGCUCCCGUGGCAACUUUGCCAAUGUCACAGAGAGGAGUCUCCCAGAGAUGGUGCAGUGGGUGAAACAGUACGCCGGCAGAAGACCUAACAUUGUCGCCUCAGACGUGGUCACUCGGGACGACUUUGUCUCAACGAUUGUCCAGCUCAAUUACAAAGGGAAUUAAGAGACAGAGGAGAGGUGUUUCACAUCGUGACACAUGCAUAUGUAUUGCAAUAUGUCAUAGCCAUACAUGAAGUUUUUAUCACUGUAAAACCAUUAUAUCCUUCAAAUAUGUAUAUUUUAUGUGAUGGUUAAUGUUUUAAUUUGAUUUCAUGUUUGUUAAGUAUUAUGGAAGCCCUAUUUCCACUGGUGUAAGAAUUAUACAACAGAGCACUCAUAAUAAGUCAAAAUGAAGAGAUAGUGUCUUUAUUGUUCCCACUUUGGACCUCAUUGGUAUGAGUUUUUAUGCAAUUUGUUUGUCAUUAUAAUUUCAAGAUUGUGUUGUAUUAUUACAACAUUAUAUCUGAUAUGUUCUUGUUUUUUAGAGUUUGUUUGUGUCGUUAAAAUUACCAUAACGAAUGUUUAUUUCCCCAUUUUCUGUAACUUGUCUCUUCUACCAUACUAUCUGUUGGUGCGCCAUCAUGUGCAAAUAUAUGGUAUUGCAACAAA